AUGUCUCACCGGCGGCGGCAGGGCUCCGACUCCGACGGCGAGGACGACAGCUUCCUCUACCGCUACCCGCUGCCCUCCUCCAACUCCUCCUCCGCCGCCACCGGCGCUUCCGGCGCCCACGGCGGGGGCGGCAAGCCCGGCAGGGGCGGCAGCGGCUCGGGCGGGCUCUUCUCCCGCCGCAAGGGCGUUGCCUUCGUCCUCUUCGUCCGCCGGGAGGACGCCGCCGCCGCAGCCGCCCGGAUGCACGGCAAGCUGCUCAACGUCCGCACCCUCGCAGCCUCCAUCGCCGAGGACAACGGCCGCGCCGCGCAGUUCAUCCACCGCCGCGAGUACCGCUGCUACGAGUACGACGGCCACGCGGGCAUUUCCUCGAACACCUAG